GCAUAUUUUACCUCCAAGAAAUGUAAAUACUAUUUUGGGUCCCUUAAAAAUCUAACCUUUGAGAGUCUGCCAAUCAAAAACUGGUUAACUGUUUCAAUUGUUUAAAAAGAGAAUGAUGGAUCAAGGUUUUAAACACCCUUCUAUUUAAAGCUGUAGAUGACUGGCUGUGUUUCAGCUACACAGUGAGAUAAUGCAAAGCGGGUCACUAGGACUCAAGUCCACACUCAGCGACACUGGCAGAGUCUCCUUCCUCAUGGUCAAACAGCUGCAAAAAAACGAAAGUUAAAGAGAAUACCUAUUUUAGCCAGGUAUGUCUAGGUCUUUUGACCUCCGAACAAUAAUCAUGAUCGCCAUUGGUAGUGGGAUCCUGGCAGGCAUGUUUCUACUGAUAGGAAUUGUCCUCUGUCUUUACACCAAAAUAUCCAAGGCACUGAAUUCAACUAGCACUGUAGACUGGAGAAUCCACAGAGGAUGCCUUGGGGAUGAGCUGUCUCCUACUCAGACAGAAACUUCAAAAGAAGCAGGUGCUGUAAGCGAUACUGAUCCAUGCAAUCCAGGCAAGGUCACCUUUGACAAGAUCAUCCGGGCCAAACCCAUCGCUGCUGAGUCUUGUCCCACCCUCCAGUGCUGUGAUGACUACAGCAUGUAUGCAGAUAUUGGUACCCUGCCGCCUUGCUUUUGUAGCAUAAGUGAAGGACUCUGACACGGCAGUGGUGGAUAAAAAGAAAUCUUCAUGAUCAGUAUUUCAAUUUCUUAGUAGAAUAUUUUCUUAUUCAAGCCAAUUUCUAUAGUGUUUAUGUCAUUGUGUACUAUCUAACAUGAUAUCUAUGUACUUUUGUAUAAAUGUACAAUAAUGAAAACA